UAUUAUUCUGCUAAUAAUUGAAACAUAAACAUAUAAUCCGCAUAUAAGUUAUAAAUAAAUUAAAAACUAAAUACCUAUUUUCUUCAUUUUUCUACAAUUUUUAUUCAGAUGACUUUAGUUUAGUCACGUUGAUCAUAAUAUGGAUGUUAUAUGGGCCAAACCAAGACCUUCUUAAAGCCCAUUUAGGAAAGGCUUGAGCGAAGACAAAUUUUCAAGCGCGGCUAAAUUUUAGUUAGUCCCGCCAAACAUUAGCAACCUUUUUUAUCUUUAUUUUAAGCUGCAGUUCUCAAUUCUCAUAAGCUUUAUUACCAUUGACAUCUCUUGAAAAUAUCUCACUCGGAUCUUGUCUUUUUUCUUUUUUUUUAUCUCAACAAUCACCGGCAAUAAAGAUAUGGAUAUCUCCAACAUAGCUAGAAAGCUUGAUCUCUCUAACAACAACCUUGUGGUCCGAAAAGCUGCAGAGAUUCGCCGUCUCUGCGACGCUCAGUUCGAUUCAUCCAUCAUCGGCGUUGGUGAGAUCUGUAAAGCUGUGAUAUGUCUCGAAAUCGCAGCGUCUCGGUUGCAGGUUAUUUUCGACAGACAAGCGGCGGUUAAGUUGAGUGGCAUGUCGGAAAAGGCGUACACCAGAUCAUUCAAUAGCCUCCAAAACGUUAUUGGGUUCAAGAUUAAGCUCAAUAUUAAAGAAUUGGCAAUUCAAUUUGGCUGCGUUAGGAUUAUCAAAUCCGUGCAAACUAUACUAUCUUCUUAUAAGGAGAGGUUUCUUGCAUCACUACCAGCAUCAAGACGAGCUAAUGCUGACUUCACUAGACCUGUGUUUACCGCUGCUGCUUUCUAUCUUUGUGCUAAGAAGCAGAAGCUCAAGGUUGAUAAGCUUAGGCUGAUCGAGGUUUGUGGAACAUCAGAAUCUGAGUUCUCUUGUGUCUCAACCUCUAUGACAGACCUUUGCUUUGACUGUGUUGGGGUCUCCAAGGAAAAGAAAGAUGCAAAGGAUGUUAAAGGAAACCGAGAGUUGCUUGAUGUGUUACCUGGAAAGAGGAGACUAGACGAUGGUGGAUAUUCAUCUGAUGAUGAGUCUUCUUGUUACAAAAGACACAAGAAGAUGGAGGAGGCUAAGUACGAAGAUUGGAAAUCAACAGUUGUUGAUUCCAUCAAGAAGAAUCCAGAGAAAGGAGCUAAGAAAGUUAUACAGACCAGUCUCAGUUUCUCAAUGAAGGAUGAAACCAAAGAGUUGCAAGUUGAGUCAUAGCCUUUCAUAGACAAGACUCAACAUCCAGUUCAAUUUCUUGAUGUUCACACUUUACACUUUACAAGACUCAAUUGCUCAAUAACAAUUUUGUCUAAGCAAAUUAUAAUACAUAAAUACAAAAAAUGUAUUAACAAUUUAUACAUUGUGUUCCUUAAACCAA